CUACUGGCUGCAGACACAAGCGUCAGUUUAUCACUGGACUCAGCACCAGCAGCAUAUGCGUGGCUCAGGAUCGCACAGGUUUACUUGCUGACGGAGAACAGUGCGCGACACAUACUAAGGAUAUCCGUCUCUAAUGUGCAAUAUGACUUUGGAAGAACCGUGUGGAGACAACGCAACGGAAAGAAUGGACUCGGUUGAAAAGGCACUGGAAGAGGUCCUGACUGCUGCAUUACCUCAGGGUUGCAUCACUGUGGGAGUUUAUGAGGCUGCGAAGUCACUUAAUGCGGACCCAGACAACGUGGUUUUGUGUCUGCUGGCCACAGACGAGGAGGAUGUGAAAGACGUCGCGCUCCAGAUUCACUUUACCUUGAUUCAAGCAUUCUGCUGUGAGAAUGACAUCAAUAUCUUACGAGUGAACAACAUGAGACGUCUGGCAGAGAUCCUGGAGGGCGUGAAACCAGGAGGAGAGCCGAUGGACCUCCACUGCAUAUUAGUCACCACUCCAGAGUCAUCCGCGUGGAACGAUCCAGCUCUCAGCAAACUGAAUCGAUUCUGCAGAGACAGUCGGGGUUUGGAGCAAUGGGUGCCGGUUAUCAAUCUGCCUGAACGUUGAACAGAAUCUCACAAACUAUGUCAGAGCUUUUUAUGGGCUCCUGCACUAGAUUUGUGUUCUGCUCUUGAUGAAGCCUAAUGCCACUGAAAAUAAGACAUGAGGGGGAAUAACGAAAUGCAAUGGAUGAUAUGUUUUCCAGCAAACCCAGUGAUCAGAAGUGUGGAUUUUGUUUUUCCGGUUGGAAAGGCAACUCAUGGUUUCACCUCAGAGCAGGAAGAAUGACUCUGCACUGUUCACAGUGCUGCAAGGGAACGACAGGUAUGCCGGGAACUAUACAGGAAGCUGAAUCCCACAUGCUGGAUUAGAGUACUAGGAGUGAGCUGAGAGACUGGAGUGCGUUCAACUGGAAUCUACUCAAUGAAAUGUGACCAGACUGUCGGAGGUCAGAUGGACCGUUAAAUUAUGGGCAUGACCCUUUUGCAGACUUUCUACAAUUUAAAGACCAUAACUUAUGAUGUUAAUGCUGUCCUGUAUUAUAAUUAUUUAAAAGGGAAUAUACAACAGUCUUUUAUUGAUUUAGAAAUGAGUUACUUGUUUUAAUUCAACCAUUCUGGAAUAGGUUUCGUAUUUUAAACUGUUAAUUUUAAGCUUUUAAUUUAUUAAUUGUAUUUAUAUUGUUGCGUUCGUCAGAAAUUUUAAAAUAAAAUGUCUGACCUUUUAUGCA